AUCACAGUUUUUCGCAUGGGAUCAGAAGGACACCAGGAUAUUGAUUUAGCUAUCCUGACAGCACUACUAAAAGGAGCUAAUGCAUCUGCUCCCGACCAGCUGAGCCUAGCACUAGCCUGGAACAGAGUAGACAUCGCCCGCAGUCAGAUCUUUAUUUAUGGGCAACAGUGGCCGGUGGGCUCCCUUGAGCAAGCAAUGUUGGAUGCACUGGUGCUGGACAGAGUGGAUUUUGUGAAAUUACUCAUAGAAAAUGGAAGACAUGGCCCAUCCAACACUCUGCAUCAUCUGGUCAGGGACGUCAAAAAGGGAAACUUGCCUCCUGAUUAUCGGAUAAGUCUGAUUGAUAUUGGUUUGGUGAUAGAGUACCUUAUGGGAGGAGCAUAUCGCUGCAAUUACACCCGAAAGCGUUUCAGAACACUGUACCACAAUUUAUUUGGGCCCAAGAGGGAUGAUGUCCCUUUGCGACGAGGGAGGAAAACAGCAAAGAAAAAAGAAGAAGAAAUUGAUAUUGAUAUGGAUGACCCUGAGAUCAAUCACUUUCCCUUUCCAUUCCAUGAGUUGAUGGUGUGGGCUGUGCUGAUGAAACGUCAGAAGAUGGCCCUCUUCUUUUGGCAGCAUGGGGAAGAAGCUAUGGCUAAAGCACUGGUGGCCUGUAAGCUCUGCAAAGCCAUGGCCCAUGAAGCAUCAGAAAACGACAUGGUGGAUGACAUAUCCCAAGAGCUGAACCAUAAUUCCAGGGACUUCGGCCAGUUGGCGGUAGAGCUGUUGGACCAGUCGUACAAGCAGGAUGAGCAACUGGCAAUGAAACUGCUGACCUAUGAGUUGAAGAACUGGAGCAACGCCACGUGCCUGCAGCUUGCAGUGGCAGCCAAGCACAGGGAUUUCAUUGCUCACACUUGCAGCCAAAUGCUGCUCACAGACAUGUGGAUGGGUCGUCUGCGGAUGCGCAAAAAUUCUGGCCUAAAGGUAAUUCUAGGAAUUCUACUUCCUCCUUCAAUCCUCAGCUUGGAGUUCAAGAACAAAGAUGAUAUGCCCUACAUGUCCCAGGCCAGUGAGAUCCAUCUUCAAGAAAAGGAGCCAGAGGAGCCAGAGAAGCCAGUGAAAGAAAAAGAUGAGGAAGACAUGGAACUGACU